GGAAACCCGUACUACGCUUCAACGAGUCAAUUCGAAAUCUCUACCUCAAAUAACAAAAACUUUAUGCGAGUAUAGGGGUUGCGAAGCGUGUGAGGUCUGCAAACAAGGCACAAUCACGAGCCGGAUAUACUUCCCUACAACAGCGCUGAAUCCGCGCUCAACAGGAAGCCAACAAGAUGUUAAACGGAAAACGGAGAAGACGAUUACGAUGAGAUCCUUUCACGAGACAACACCCGAGUUGUCAGACGACCAAUCCCCGCUGUGGCUUCGGCCACCGUACCGAGAUCAAGCAGAGCGGAUGCGCCCACGAAAGUCGUGGAUCAGAAGCGAUCAGCCGCUCCCAGUCCACCACCGAGAGGAAUACCUGCCAGAAAAUCCUCCAAAACGGGAGUGCCUGGGUUACUCUCAGGUGUCUGUCGUGAGCGCUGAAAUGCCUUGA